AUGAGGUUCUGCAUCCUCUGUCUCCUCAUCGUUUCUGCAACUGCAGCUCGUCCUUACAAGUACCGCAGCCUGGAGUACAAACCAGUGAAGCGGUAUUCUGAGAAAUAUUUCCCGGUAUACUUCAAAUCCCCAGAUCGUAUUCGGGGGUCGGAAGAGAGAAAGCCUCAAGAGGUUAGCCGCCCCGUCUUGCAGCAAGAAGUCGAGGAAGGAAAAGUUGGCUAUGGAAAGGUGAGCAAGGGUGGGCAAAAAGGAAAGGAGUUUGCCAAUUCAUUUGAUUAUCCCAUAUCCAUUGAAAGAAAGGGAGUAUUCACAUCGGAAUAUUACUAUAAUGAGGACCAUGGAGAAAAGGACGUAAAAGAUACACAAGAAGAUGCCAAGGAUGAAGAAGAAGUUUAUGAAGAAGAUUAUGAUAAUGGUACCAACGAAGAGGACGAGGAUGAACAUGGCGAAUUUGAGCACGAAGACUAUCAUGAAGAUGAAGAGAUGGAAGAAGAGGAGACUGAGUCUGCAAAUGACUAUGGAUUCGAGCAUGACUACAAGGAUGAUGAAUGGAAUGGAGAGGAAUAUGAGGACGAGCAUGACAUGGAAUAUACUAACUUGGAGGAAGCAAAGAAGGAAGAGGAGGGAGCUGAAGAAGCCUACAAUGGGUCAAUGAGUACAGAUGUCGAAAAGAACACCCAGACUAUGCCUUUGAAGGGGGCUGAACAAAUUUUUGCUUUUCCCGGUUGUGACGGCAUCGUAUGCUCCAAAGCAGGUCUCGAUGGUUACGGCUGUUCCGACGCUAAAUGUAAAUUCGUUUGUUCUAAGACAGAGUGCUAUGAAUAUCCAGAAGGCCCCCCCAAUAUUGAAGAGAUCACUGAACAGGAGGAAGUUGAGGAGGUAAAAGUGGGAGAGGAAGAGGAAUCAGAAGUGGUGGAAAGAGAUGGAGAAGAGGAGGAAGAAGAGGAUGAAAGCAUGAUUGAAGUAACCACAACCACUACUACGACUCCGGAGCCCGAAACACUGCCUCCUCGAAAGGAGGGGAGAAGACGCAAGGGCAGGAGUGGAAGAGGAAAGAUUGGAAGAGGUUACAAGCUAUGA